AUGUUUAUCAUAUUUUUGGUGUAAUUGAUAAGUGCAUAAGUAAAUCCAUUAUUGUACAAAUGGGGAACAUACAAACCCUAAUUAAUUCAUGCAAUAACAGAAAGAAAUAUGCAAACAUUCAAUCCUCUAACAAUUACAUUUUAUUACUUUAUGAACAAUAACAUAAGAUGGGAGAAAUCAAUUAAAUAUAAAAUAAAUGAAAGAGGGAAUGAUGAACCUACAUAUUAUUAAUAUCUCUAUCAUGAUGGCGAAAGAUAUGCAAUUCAUGAGACAAUUGAUGGAGAAUAUAAAGUAAGAUUCACUAAUGAAUUCUAUAAGUAAUUAUUUAUUGUAUUUAUAGAGUGAAUCCAGAGAAAAUAGAAGAUUGGGUUACAACUGUAGUAAAUAAUGAUGCUUUAGUUGGAGACGAUGAAUAUGUGAGUUUAGUCUAUUCUAUUGCAAUAGAGAAAUUAAAUUAAGAAAAGACCGAUCUAAGAAAAUUGCAAGUUGAAGAAGAAGGAGAUUCUCUCAAAGUAAUUCAAUAAUCUAAAUAUAGAUUACAAUUACUACUGCUUAAUAAGUUAACUAUAUAUAUGUGGCUUUAGAAUCUAAUGGUAAAUAAAUAAACAUAAAUCAAAACGAUAAUUUUGGAUAUUCUUUAUAGUUUUAGAAUCCCACAUUGAAUUAUAAUUUGAGAACACUCCUUUAUAGUGAAUUGAGAAAAACAAAGGAAUAAAUUCCAUUUAAAUUUAACAAAACUGUAGAUCAAGAAUAAGGAAAUAUAGUGUUUGUUCAAUAUGUAGCUAAAAGAAAUGAAUUGUUUAAGUUUCAAUUAAGAUAUAUGUAAAGAGAGAUAUCAGUAUCAAGUGAUUACUUCUUUGAUGCUAGAAUUUUGAAGAAAUUGGAUAAUAUGAAUUUCUUUUCUUAAUUUAAUAGAACUUUUAACAAAAUACAAAUUAGUAUUAAUAUAUUGUUUAUACAAUAUAGAGAAUCCAUUUUAUCUAUCAUGUUCAAUUAGUUCUUUUGCUAAUUUAAUAGGAGGAUUUGCAACGUCUUUUGGUAAUAUAGAAUGCGAAGAAGCUAAUCCAAUUUGUUAAUAAUAGAAAAUGAUGUUUACACCAACACCUUCUAGAUUUGGAUUUCCUAGACCAUUUUUAUGGGAUGAUGGAUUUCAUAAUAUGAUUAUAUGUAGAUGGAAAUCUUAAUUAUGUAUAUAAUCUUUAUUAGAUUGGUUUGAUACUAUGUCUAGUAAUGGAUGGAUUCCUAGAGAAUAAGCAAGAGUAUUAUUAUUAUUAUAUUAUUUAUUAAAGAGUCCUGAAUAAAAAACUGCCGUUCCUUAAGCAUUUUUAGCUUAAAAAUAAAGUGAAACUAAUCCACCUACUUUUAUAUUUAAUUUUCUUUAUCUUGAUUGUAAUUAUUAAUUAUAAUUUAUUUUAUUAGCCUUAAAAAAUGGAGAAAUAUAAUAAUAAGUACGUAAACUUUACACUAAAGCAAUAGAUUGGUAUCAUUUCUGGAUAAAGUCUUAAGGAGUGAAUGAAGGAGAUAAUAUCUUAUUAUUUAAAUGGUGGGGACUUAAUGAUAAUAUUAAUUUUGGAUCUGGAAUGGAUGAUUGGCCAAGAUCUCAUAAUGGUUUAAAAAGCAAAUAUAAUAUUGAUGCAAGUAUGUGGGGCUGGCUUUUUGCUGAUUCAAUGUAAAAAUUAGCUGCUAUUUAUGAUCCAUAAAAAAGCAAUUAAUUUCAUUAAACUGCUGAAAUGAUAAAAAAAUCUAUUUAUAAAUAUCAUUUUGAUCCAGAUGAUAAAAUAUUUAAAGAUGUUUUAAUAGAUGAAUCAUUUUCUCCUCAUUUAGGAUAUCCUAAUUUAUUUCCCAUUGCAUUUGGAUUUAUUGAUCCUACCAAAACUGAUAUCUUAGAUGCCUAUGUUAGUAUGAUUAAAAAAGAAUUAUGGACUAAUCAUGGUCUUAGAUCUUUAAGCAUUAAUGAUAAUCAUUUUGGAAAAGUUAUACAUUCCUUUUUCUAUUCUAGGGAGACAAUUAUUGGACUGGACCUGUCUGGAUACCUAUCAAUUAUUUGAUUCUUAGAGGAAUCUAAAAAUAUUAUUCAAAUCACAAAGGUCUAAUGGACAUCUAUAAAGAACUAAGAGAAAAUUUGAUGAAUACUGUAUGUAUUAAUUGGAGAGAUAGAGGGUAAUAAUAUUACUAUUCUAAUAGAUACUUCUUUGAACAUUAUAAUUAAAAAUAAGAUGGACUUGGAAGAGGAUAUCAUCCAUUUAAUGGAUGGACAAGUACAAUUACAUUAAUUAUUCAUGAAAUAUAUGAUUGA